AUGCUGAGCAACCAUCAAGAAGAGUUCCUUGAGAAAAUUAGAUUUAAAGGCAAGGGAAAUCCUCGUCGAGCUACAUGGAUAAAAAGAGGAACAGAGGCAAUAAAAGCGAUUAACAGCAUACUCAGAGCACCUACACAUGACUUGGCCCUCUUUGGGUUGGAAAUAGUCAAAUGUCUGUAUAUGUACGAACAUAUCCUUGGGAUUCCAAGAUACUCAUUAGACAAGGCUCUUGUAAGCCUCUGCAGUAAAGUGUUUUUAGAAGAGAUUUAUAAUGAAAUUGAAAGAAGGAUCCAGUUACAUCUUGAAAAGAUGCUCAAUAAGGAAAUACACUCAAUCGACGAGUGCAUGAGUUACCUAAGUAGUCACAGGUCCUCACUGGAUGAAAUAAUUGUUGGGUAUCUCAUGAUAAGAUACAGGGUGUAUAAGGAAUAUAAAAAAGAGACAUAUUGCAUUGUUGAAAGAGUUGAUUCAAAGCUAAAAGUUAAGGCAAGGAAGGCAUUCGGCUUUUUAGUUGAUGGAUGUAGAACUUGCUUUUUAGAGUCUAAGGUUAAAGAGCUUCUAGCUCAAAGAAUACACACAGAAUUUAUAAUUGCAAAGAGAGAAGAGAUCUCCCAUGACCUUACCAAAGAUGAGAUAGAGUACAUAAGAGAAAACUAUCCCCUUGUAUCUUGCUUUUACAAUAUUCCAGAAGAUAUAGGUGUGCCCUAUCUACGCUUAAGAAAGAGCUUUGACGUCAGAUACUUUGUAGAUGUUUUUUGCUGGAAUGGAUUUGUUGAAAGCAUCGAGACCUUCUACGGAGCACACGAGGAAAAGCUCCUCGACACAGCUUUUUUAAGGGGUCUGUGCUUCCAGAUGUGCAUAGAUAGAAAGUACAAUCUGAACUUGAUGGAGAAGUUUAUAGAUAGAUCUACAUCUUUUGAGAAAGCAUUUAUGGAAGGCUAUAGAAAAGUGGUGUUCCAGGAAUACAAAACUGCCAAGGAAAGAUUCAGAAUGGUUCUAGAAAUUAUCAGGGACUUAAGACUAGGCAUUGUUCCGGAGAUUCAACUCUGGGUGUACGAUCUUCUUUCCAUGUGCCACAUGUUUUGUGGGGAAUACUUCGAAAGUGUGUUCUAUCUGAACAAGGGAAUUGAACUGUCUCACAGGUAUCAGCUAGGAUUCGUUUCUUUGCAUUUUCUCAAUUGCAAAUUCAUAGUGGAGAGAAUAGGAGGCAUACAAGGGCCCUUCCCAAAAAUUAGACUGGACCUGGAAGAAACAAUCAACUCUCGGUUUGUUAUUGAAAGCGAGCAGAAAGCGAUAAAUAACAGGAUUCUUACAAACCUUCUGCUCAAAGAUGACAUGAGUAAUCUCAGAGAAAUGAGAACUCUCGAAAUAUUUGCAAUGUUCAAGCCUUCCACUCUUUAUAAAGACAUAGAAAGAACACUAAGCCGUUUAAAAAAGUUCACGGUUGUAUCUCUAUAUUCGAUAGAUGGAUGCCUGUUUAUCAAUGACUUUAGAGGAUUUGUAAAGGUAGAUAGGGGGUUUGGAGACACUAAGGUAAAGAUGAAUGAGAUAUUGGCCAAAUCCAGAAACGUUCUCAAGGGAAAUGUAACUAGCGACCUAGACAAGGCAAGAUGGUGGAUGGAAAGAAUGGAACUGGACACACAAUUGGGAGAAAUCCUCCGCAGCGUAGGAGAUAAGUUUGAUAGGCUCUCAAUUGGAAAGGAUGUAAUUCUGGUUUUGGAUGAAACCACAACAGAGUUUCCAUUUGAAUCAAUCCCUGCUUUUAAGGGUAAAAGUGUGUACAGAGUUCCCUCUCUAGAAUACUUAGAGGAUGUUCCUGGACUUGAGAUAGAUAGGAAGUCAUUUUUCUACCUUUUGGAUCCGGAAAACAACCUCUUCAAGACUCGGGAAAGAAUAUCCGGCUUUCUUAGAUCUUCGGGAAUAAAAAAUGGAAUCACAGGAAGGCCUCCUUCAGACCUAGAAUGCAAAGAAGCCGAUGGUUACGACGUACUGCUUUAUUUUGGACACGGAAGCGGACUUAAAUAUCUGAAGGUUUCUGGAGAGGGGAAGAUUAUGUUUUUAUUUGGAUGUAACAGUGCCAAGCUUUUGUGUGUAGAGAAUUAUAAGAGAAAUGGGUCCAUUCUAAAACAUCUUAGGAGGAAUUCAAUGAUAGUCGGAUGUCUCUGGGAAGUCACCGAUAAAGACAUCGACAAUUUUAGUGUCAAGGUUAUUGAGAGCCUGAUAAACGGGUCUACUAAUAUUGGCGAGGUAGUUUCUAGGUUUCGUGAUGAAUUUAAGCUGAGGUAUCUGAACGGUGCCUCUGUAGUUAUUUAUGGCUUUCGCUAA